CCAUUAUACCUGUCAACAUAAAAGGACAGACCCUGUGGGCAUACCUCGACACUGGCUCGAGUCGAAACUUUAUUUCACGCGAGGCUGUGAAGAAACUCGAUUUGAAUCCAACACAUCAUGAAUCCCGCGAGAUUGUAACCGUGAAUGGUACCUCUACUCAAUCCAUACCUAUUUUCCAAACAACCAUAACUUCUCUUGAUGGGAAAGUACAGGAAGAAAUCGAACUGACUGGUUCCAGACUUCAAGAUUUUACCACAGUUAAGAGACCAGAUAUGAAUGAACUCAAGAUGAAGUACACCCAUACUCAAGACAAAAGAUUUUAUAUGACCGCCAAAGGGGAACAUCCAAUUCAUCUCAUACUCGGUGAUGGCACAUACAGCAGGAUCCGAACUGAGAAAGUUUACAAAGGAAAUCCCGGAGAUCCCCUUGUGGAGGAGACAACAUUCGGAUGGGUCAUACAUGGUGGUGAGGAUUAUUCGAGCGAUGCCUGUAUGUUCACUAGAGAAGUUUACGAUUACGAACAGUUAUAUAGUCUUGAUGUUCUCGGAGUUGAAGACCGUGGUGAAAAUGACCAAAUGCAAGUGCUUGCUGAGUUUCGAGAGAACAUAACCAGACAAGAAGAUGGCAGAUACCAAGUUAGCAUACCAUGGAUUCCAGGGAGUAAGUUGACAACUACAAACGAACAGCCAAGCAGAAGACGACUGUUCAACGUGAGCAAAAAGUUAGCGAAAGACGAAAACCUGAAGCAAGAGUAUGAGAAGAUUAUCGAUGAUCAACUAGCAAGCGGUGUGAUUGAGAAAGCCCCAGACGAGCCGUCAGGAGAGCGAGUGUACUACAUGCCACAUAAGCCAGUCGUAAGGCAAGACGCAGCGACAACGAAAGUGAGAAUGGUCUUUGAUGCGAGCUCCAAACCCCAUCCACUAGCAUCCAGUAUUAACAAUUGUAUGUUUACUGAGCCUCCCCUCCAACCGUUAUUGUGGGAUAUUAUGGUCAGAGCAAGAAUGUCGUCAAAUCUUUGCAGACAUUCAAAAAGCCUUUUUACAGAUAGCAAUCAAAGAAGAAGACAGAGAUGCCUUCAGAUUUCUCUUCGAGCGCGACGAAAAAGAGGAACAUUUUCGGUUCGCCAGAGUUCCAUUUGGGGUUGAAGCCAGCCCAUUCUUACUCGGUACUACAUUAGAAUACCACUACGACCAACAAUCACCAGAAUUAGAGGAAACAGUGACUGCCCUUAGAGAAAAUACGUAUGUGGACAAUAUCAUGCAAACGGGAAAUAACAUUGAUAAGUUGGAGAAGUUUAAGAAUGAAAGUGAAGUUAUUCUUGAGAGUGCAAAAUUACCGAUUCACAAGUGGGAGUCGAACAUCGCGACAUUAGAGGAUGAGAACAUGUCAAAUCCUAGCAAAAUUCUUGGUCAUGUUUGGGACAAGCGUGAAGACACUCUAGAAAUACAAGUACCAGCAGUACGUGAGACAGAACCAGUUACGAAACGAAGCAUCUUGAGUCAGCUUGGCAAAGUGUACGACCCAUUGGGAAUAAUAUCACCCACGAUGGCCGAAGGAAAACACAUUUACAGAGAGGCUUGUGAAGAGAAAAAGGGAUGGAACGCCGAGGUUUCACCAGAAUUGAAGAAACAGUGGCACAAAUGGAACAAACAACUAAAGAACGUGAAAGUACCGAGGAGCUUAGCAGGAAAUUCGAAGGAAACGAAGGCUAUCGAGCUCCAUGUGUUUGCCGACGCAAGCAAUCUCGCAUGUUCUGCAGUAACCAUAGCACUAGUUGAACAUUCAUCUGGAACGAUCAAAGGGUUGCUGACAUCGAAGUCCCGGAUUUCAAAAAGAAACACUUCGAUACCCAGAUUGGAACUCGUAGCUCACAUGGCUGCGAACAUGGCGAAGAAUUUACGUAACGCUCUUCAUCGGCACCCAAUCAAGACCAUUGUGAUCUGGUUAGAUAGCAUGGUAGUGCUUUACUGGUUGACCAAUCCAGGGAAACCAUGGAAGACGUUUGUCUCCAAUCGAAUCAAGAAGAUAGCUGAGAUAACCAACGAGCUUGGCAUCAUUUGGAAAUAUUGUCCGUCAAAUAAGAAUCGUGCUGAUCUAGGGAGCAGAGGAGCAACCAUGGAAAAAUUGCAAAACGAAAGCUGGUUUAACGGUCCAGAUUGGUUAUUAGAGAAAGAACAAUGGCCAGAGCAACCCAAUUUGAAAGUAACUACAUCUGUCAGUCAAGAAUGCAAACCAAUUAAAGAGCAAGCACUGUUUACGAAAGAUCGAGAGCCAGACGAAUGGGACGCUUUGUUAGAAAGAAACACAUACUGGCGUACAUUGCGAGUAACAUCAUGGGCAUUAAGAUUUCUAAACAACUGUUUGGCAAGAGUUCGUCGAAACCAAAAGCGAUCGGGGCCUCUUGUAAGCGAAGAAAUUACAGUUGCAAGAAACGCUUGGGUAAGGAGAGUACAACAAGGUGUCAACCCUGAAUUACAAGCGCCAGGUUGGAGAAUCGUCGAAGACGAAGUAACGAAAGUUCUCAAGUGUAAAGGAAGAGUAAAUGGAUACGAGCCAAUAUACCUUGACGGAGGACUGUUCGUAGAAAAGCUAAUAGCCCACACCCACAGCAAGAUCAAACAUUUCGGUGUUGCAAAUACCAUGGCUGCUUUGAGAGAACAGUGGUGGAUACCACAACUUAGAUCAAAGGUGAAAAAAUUAAUCAACAAUUGCAAUAUCUGCAAGUUGUAUUCCACGAAGCCGUAUGGGUCACCAUUGACGAGCAACAUGCCCAGCUUUAGCACAGAAUCUAGCGAACCAUUCGAAGUCACCGGUGUCGAUUACGCCGGGCCGUUAAGACACAAAAUCAGUAAGAGAGAAGAGGGAAAGUGCUACGUAUUAAUCUUCACGUGUGCAGCAUCUCGAGCGAUCCACCUGGAACCAACCAAGAGCCAAGAAGCAGAGGAAUUCCAACGAAAGCUCAACUCAUUCAUCGCUCGAAGAGGAAGACCUCGAUUAAUGAUAUCGGACAACGCAGCGACAUUUAAAACGACAGCCAAACUAAUCAAAGCCAUUAGAAAGAGUGAGAAAUUGCACGAUUUCCUAGCAGCACAAAGUAUACACUGGAGAUUCAACCUUGCUAAAUCCCCUUGGUGGGGAGGGAUCUAUGAAAGAUUGAUUCGGGAAGUAAAGAAGACCCUUUAUAAGACCCUUGGAAGAUCGCACCUUUCAUUCGAGAAUUUGGAAAUGGUCCUCAUGGACAUUGAAAUUAAUAUGAACAAUCGUCCAUUAACCUAUGUCGAAAGCGAAAGUGGAGAGGAAGAAGUACUAACGCUAAACGUUCUCAUCCGAGGGAGAAACACUUACCUUCUUGAUGACAUAGAGAAUGACGUAGACGAGCUUACGAAGAUGCUAAAGAGAAUCGCCAAAGCAAAGAACAACGCUUGGAAAAGAUGGCAACGAGAAUACGUACACAGUUUAAUGGAAAGCCAACGAGUAAACGGAAAGCCAGUUAACACGCCUGAAGUCGGUGAAGUAGUUUUAGUCGUGGGAGAAGAAAAGAACAGGAGCGAAUGGAAGAAGGGAAAGGUAGUGCGACAAGUCAAAGGAAAGGACGGAGUGGUGCGUGGUGUGGUACUUUUACACAAGGGACACACUAUCGAAAGACCGUUACAGUUGGUGUGUCCACUCGAAAUUCGAUGCACAACGCAAAUAGAACAAAGAAAUAAUGAAGAGAAGCAGACGGGUGAAAAUGAAAGGAAGAAACGGGGAGCAGCAAUUGAAGCAAGUAAGAAAAUACGUGAGCUAGCAGAAAACGAGGAUGCAGACUAA